AUGGCAUCCAGGCUUGAUCGACUUGUCACAAUCCUCGAGACCGGGAGUACUCGGCUCAUUCGGGACACGGCAGUAAACCAGCUGGCCGAUUGGCAAAAACAACAGCCAGAGGAACUUUUCAACCUUCUCUCGAGAGUGGUUCCAUACCUGCGCCACAAGGACUGGGAGACACGGAGUACUGCGGCAAAGGCCAUUGGCAAGAUCAUUGAAAAUGCGGAAACCUACGAUCCGAAUCCCGGCGAGGAGCCUGUCGAACCAAAAAAGGACGAGGACGCCGGCAAUGGUCUCGUCAAGAAGGAGGAGGCUGAGCCAUCCGUCCCUGACUACGACAGCUUAAGCUUAGGAAAUCUGAACGUGCCUGAUAUCAUCAGGCACGGCAGGCAGUUGCUGCGCGGAGGGACAAUCGACUACUCCCUUGGUGCUCUGGAACCCCAGGAGCGCCUAGUACACCAAAAAAAGACCCUCAUUGGCCGCCUGGGUCUGCUUGGCCGGCCUUACGAGGAUGAAGAAAUACCCAUUCCGAACGAGUCGGCCGUGAGUCCAGGCACUCCGGCGGACACGAACGGCUCACACGGCUUCGGCCGCCCCGACAGCAACGGAACUGCCACCACGCCCUACCCCACCGAAGAGAGCGGCAUGAGUGCAAGACAGCUGAACGUACUGAAGCGGAAACGGAAACGAGAGGCUCAGAAGGCCGCUCAAGGCAAGGGUGGUUUCGGCGAUCUCUCGCUCCGGCGGAAUACGACGGCUGGCUCGGAAGGGUUUGCCGAGGACACCCCUAUGGUCGAUGCCGACUCGAAAAAGAACGGCAAGAUGGCUGACUACUUCAGUCUCGAUAGGCCGGCUGAUCUCGAGGAAGACAGCAAGGUUGUAUCUGAGUACAAAGGCGCAGUCCUGCCAAUCAAGUCUGAAUUGGAGACCGACGUCGACAUGGAAGGUUCCGAGUGGCCGUACGAGCGUUUAUGUGAAUUCCUCAAGGUGGACCUGUUCGAUCCAUCCUGGGAAACCAGGCAUGGUGCAGCUAUGGGCCUGAGAGAGCUGAUCAGAGUCCAUGGUGCAGGAGCCGGUCGGGUCCGUGGCGUACCACGCAGCGCAAACAAUGAGCUGAACAGAAAGUGGCUCGACGACCUCGCCUGUCGGCUCUGCUGUGUUCUGAUGCUGGACAGGUUUACAGACUACAGUUCGGACACUUCGGUUGCGCCCAUCAGGGAAACGGUUGGCCAGACACUUGGAUCCGUCCUGUUCCAUGUCUCUCCCGACUCCGUACACGCCAUCUACCAAAUACUCUAUCGUAUGGUCAUGCAAGAAGACCUGCCGCUGGAACAGCAUGUCUGGCCGAUCUGCCACGGCGGCAUGGUUGGGCUUCGUUAUGUUGUCGCCGUCCGCAAGGACCUGCUACUGAAAGACGGCGACAUGAUCGACGGUAUAAUUCGCGCGGUCAUGAAGGGUCUCGGUGACAGGGACGACGACGUUCGUUCCGUUAGCGCCGCGACCUUGACACCAAUGGCAAAGGAAUUCGUCACUCAGCGUCCUGGGGAGUUGAAUGGCCUGAUCAACAUUGUCUGGGAAGGAUUGGCUGACCUGAGCGACGACCUUAGCGCUUCGACCGGCAAGAUUAUGGAUCUCCUUGCUGUUCUCUGCAGCUUCCCGGAAGUCCUGGCGGCUAUGAAGGCUUCGGCGCAAGAGGACGAGGAGAGAACGUUCACUGUUCUUGUUCCCAGGCUCUACCCAUUCUUACGCCACACCAUCACAUCAGUCCGUCUAGCCGUCCUUAAGGCUCUCAUGACCUUCGCCAAACUUGACGCAGAAUCAGCACAAGAGACGCUGAACAUGUCCAUUGAGCUGUGGAUCUCACUAGUCAAGUCUCUUGCACAGGAUCCAGCAGUGCUGGCAAUGGAGUUCUCUUCUCAUGUCGACCCACUGAUGCAGCUGACACUGCAUCCCAUUGGUGUCCAGCGCAAUCCCAUCCCCAUGGACGCGACACUCUUCAUGAAACCAUCAGGCGGCACAUACGCCCCCCUCAGCGGGACCCCCGCGCCGCCUCGAAGACCUAGUCCGUCUGAGAGCGCGGAACGUGCCACCAAGAGACGCAGGAAGUCGACCAAGGUUGAAGAACCUCAAGCUGCUUCCCAAUCACACGAUCUCGACGGACGCAUGAUGCAGGGAGAUGUCGACUUGGUCGGGAUGGAAACACUGGUGCGAUCCCGGAUCUGUGCCGCAAAAGCCAUGGGCUUCAUCAUGUCCCUUCUUCCGGCAUCAAGCAUGCAAGAGUACGAUGCAAGCAUCAUCAAAGGUCUCUCGUCGUCAUACUCCUCCACACAGCUCAGCGCUUGCAUGGUCAUCGAUGAAUACGCCCAGAGUUCUUCCAACGUUGAGCAGUGCUCUAGAUUCGUAACGUUGCUGCAGCAGAUGGUGGAGGGUGAACGGCCGUCUUGUUAUCGAGACUUGGUCAGCUAUGUCCGAGGUGUCCGCGCCCAGUGCUCACAACUCAUACAUCUAUUCCGCGAUUUUGGAAAGGUCGCAUCUAGCAAGCUUCCGACUCUUGCUGUGAUAGUCCAGGGCGAGGCGGAAGCAGGGCCGGGAGCAUUCUCAAUCGCAAAUGCUGAAAAGGUGGUGGGCGAGGAUUACGAGAAGCUCAAGAAGGCAAUGGCUCCAGGGCAACGGCUCAUCGCCAGUCAACAGCUUGCGGAGUCUCGUGAUCUUACCGCUCAUGCCAUUGAAGAAGCCAAGGCCAAGAAGGAGACGCGCGAUGUGCGGAUCAAAGCAGCAGCAGCAUGUGCUCUUGUGGCAAUCAAACACUUACCCAAGAAGCCAAGUCCGCUCAUCAAGGCCGUCAUGGACAGCAUCAAAUACGAGGAGAAUCAAGAUCUUCAAGGCCGCUCGGCAUCGACAAUCGCAAAUCUCGUCCAGUUCUUUACCGAGUCUGGUCGUAGGGGCCCCGCGGACAAGGUGGUGGGCAACCUCGUCAAGUUUUCUUGCAUGGAAGUGGCAGAGACACCGGAAUUCCCGGUCCACGCCGGCAAGACUGACGUGGUGCUCUCGAUGCAAAAGGAAGAGGAUCGUGUUGACCACCCUGACGCUGCCAAAUGGGCUCGUGAAGCAAAGGCAGCUCGAAUCACUCGCCGCGGUGCAAAGGAGGCGCUGCAAAUCUUAUCGAAGACCUUCGGCGCCGAGCUUCUGAACGUCGUUCCCAGCAUUCGCACUUUCAUGGAGCAGCCUCUCUUGCAAGCGUUCUCGGGCGACCUGCCGGCAGAAGCAAGAGACCCUGAGAACACCUUCGGACAAGAAAUUGUCGACGCUAUGUCUGUGAUUCGCACGAUGACCCCGACAAUCGACCCUGCUCUCCAUCCCUUCAUCAUGCAGAUGGUCCCGCUUGUCAUCAAGGCCUUGCAUUCCGAGCUGUCGGUGUUCCGAUAUAUGGCUGCCAAAUGCUUAGCAACAAUCUGCAGCGUCAUCACAGUCCAAGGCAUGACAGCCCUGGUCGAAAAGGUUCUGCCGUCGAUAAGCAACCCUCUGGACCUACACUUCCGACAAGGCGCCAUUGAGGUCAUAUACCACCUGAUUGCCGUCAUGGGAGACGCGAUUUUACCUUACGUGGUCUUCCUUAUCGUGCCCGUCCUGGGCCGGAUGAGCGACUCCGACAACGAGAUCCGGCUGAUAGCAACGACAUCAUUUGCGACACUGGUGAAGCUCGUACCGCUGGAGGCAGGCAUACCAGAUCCUCCAGGCCUCUCCCAGGAACUACUCAAGGGCAGAGACCGCGAGAGAACGUUCAUUGCGCAACUUUUGGAUCCGAAGAAGGUCGAGGCGUUCUCGCUCCCGGUUGCCAUCAAAGCAGAACUGCGCUCUUACCAGCAGGACGGUGUGAACUGGCUGAACUUCCUCCGCAAAUACCACCUCCACGGUAUUCUAUGCGACGAUAUGGGCCUGGGUAAGACUCUGCAGACGCUCUGCAUAGUGGCCAGCGACCAUCAUGAACGAGCUGAAGAGUUCUCCAAAACGGGAUCACCGGAUGUCAGACGGCUCCCCUCGCUGAUUGUCUGCCCUCCCACCCUGUCUGGCCAUUGGCAGCAAGAAAUCAAGACGUACGCGCCGUUCCUCAGCGUCACGGCAUACGUGGGUCCCCCGGCCGAGCGCAAGAGCAUGAAGGACAAUCUCGACAAGCCCGACAUCGUCAUCACUUCAUACGAUGUAUGCCGCAAUGAUGUUGAUGUUCUUGAGAAGUACAACUGGAAUUACGUGGUCCUUGACGAGGGCCACCUCAUAAAGAACGCCAAGGCAAAGAUCAGCAUGGCUGUAAAGAGGCUGGUCAGCAAUCAUCGGCUCAUCCUGACCGGCACGCCGAUCCAGAACAACGUGCUGGAACUGUGGUCCCUGUUCGAUUUCCUGAUGCCCGGCUUCCUUGGGGCAGAGAAGGUUUUCGCCGACCGCUUCGUGAAGCCCAUUUCUGCGUCCCGCUACAGCAAGGCUUCUUCGAAAGAACAAGAAGCCGGAGCCCUCGCCAUCGAAGCCCUGCACAAACAGGUCUUGCCAUUCCUCUUGCGACGUCUGAAGGAAGAAGUGCUCAACGACCUCCCGCCUAAGAUCUUGCAGAAUUACUACUGCGACCUCAGCGAUCUGCAGAGGAAAUUGUUUGAUGAGUUCACGAAGCGCGAGUCGAAGAAACUUGCCGACGAGGCGGGCCGUGAUGACAAGGACGCCAAACAGCACAUCUUCCAAGCGUUGCAAUACAUGCGGAAGCUCUGCAAUUCUCCUGCUAUGGUAUUGAAGCCGGGCCAUCCCAACUACGAUGAGACUCAACGUAUUCUUGCAAAGGGCAACACCAGCCUGGAAGAUGCCGCCCACGCCCCAAAACUGACAGCACUCCGAGACCUCUUGGUAGACUGCGGCAUCGGUACAGAGGGCCAUGAUUCGAAUGACCCGCUGUAUCAGCCAAUCAAACCUCAUCGGGCACUAAUCUUCUGUCAGAUGAAGGAGAUGUUGGACAUGGUGCAGAACUCAGUACUCAAAGCCAUGCUUCCUUCUGUCACUUACCUCCGUCUUGACGGUGGCGUCGAAGCCAACAAGCGCCAGGACAUCGUCAACAAGUUCAACAGCGACCCAUCCUACGAUUGCCUACUUCUGACCACUAGCGUUGGCGGUUUGGGUCUCAAUCUCACUGGGGCCGACACCGUCAUAUUCGUCGAGCACGACUGGAACCCGCAGAAGGACCUGCAGGCCAUGGAUCGCGCGCACCGAAUCGGCCAGAAAAAGGUAGUCAACGUGUACCGGUUGAUUACGCGAGGCACAUUAGAAGAGAAGAUUCUCAGUCUGCAGCGCUUCAAGAUUGAUGUGGCCUCGACGGUCGUCAACCAGCAGAACGCGGGCCUGGCGACAAUGGACACUGAUCAGAUCCUGGAUCUGUUCAACAUAGGUGACUCGGGACCUGGCUUGAUCACCGAGAAGCCAGCCGGGGGCAGCUCAGGGUUCGAGGGACGUGAAGAGGACAUGGUGGAUAUUGAGACGGGCGACGUCCGCCAGCCGGGCAAGAAGGCUGCCUGGUUGGAGGACUUGGAUGACUUAUGGGACAACAAGCAGUACGAGGAGAGUUUUGAUUUGGACGGAUUCUUGAAGACGAUGGAGGGGUCCAAACAGCUGUUCAACUUGACUGGCAUGAUGCUCCUCCCGAAAAGCAAUGCUGAACAGGACGCACUGGAGCUCAGUGACGACUCCGAUGUCGAAGUCCACCCAAACGUGGACAAGCGAUCCUUCAUCCGCGCGAAGCAGAACCAGAUCCACCAGGAGCGGGAGCAGCGCAAGCAACAGAUUGUGACCCUCAAGUACGAACGCCAGAUCAACGACGCACUGAUACAGCGCAUCACCUCCCUUCUGAACUCCCUCAAGGCCCACGCCGCCGACGUCGACAAUGGGAAGCGCAGCCCUGGCGAGGUCGCCUUCGCGGCGGUCAUGGAGUCCGCUGCAAACCUCAAGCCCGAGGACGACACGCCGCCCCCACGGCCCGCGGGCGUGCACAACGCCGAGGAGAAGCUGCCCACGUACAGCAAGAUGAUGGCCACGCUGCUCGACCAGGUGAACCAGGCCAUGGAGGAGAAGAAGGUCAAGGACGAGGACCGGUACGCGGCCAUGGUCGCGGAGAUCCAGGAGCAUCUGGACAAGGUCACGAACCUCCAGAAGGAUCUGCACAAGAAGUUGGAUGAGCUGGAGAAGGAGGAGGCCAGGAAGAUCACGAGCGAGAGUAUUCACACGGGCUUCGACAGCUCACACGUGGCCAAGGCGACCGCCCCGUCUUCAUCAGUGGGCAAGAAGGACGAGUCCAAGGUCGAGCUCCUGAACCCCAACUUCAGCACACCGCAGGCUGGGGAGCAGAGCUCUGCAUCAAAACCAGAUGACGAUGACGAGGAGGUCGAGGCCUCGCCUGCGGCGAAGCAGUUUGCAAAGAUCAAGACCGGCUCCUACAGCGAGUCCCUGUCUUUCCUUGGCAAGCAUCCCGAGAUCCUCCAGGAAAAGGAAACAGACGGCCUGCUCAUCAUGGCCUUUGACGCACAGCUCAGUGGGAAGGACGACUUCGCCCGGCAGUGCGUACACCAGGGCCUGCUCCUGCAGUACUGCCGCGCCCUGGGGCGGGACGGCGUCGGUCUUUUCUUCAAGCGCAUCAUGACCAAGGGCCACCAGGCGCAGGAUGUGUUCUUCAAGGACGUCCAGGACACCUAUCUGAAGAUCAAGACCCGCGCCGCCGAGAUCAACAAGGAGCGCGCGGCGUCCGGCUCGGGCCUCGCGGAGGGCGAGGGCGUUGAGCAGAUCCAGCUGCACGCGGUAGAGCCGGGCACCGUGAUCAACAUCCAGGUGCCGCCCGCCGACAGCCAGGACCCGGAGGUGCAGGAGGCGCGCAAGAUCUUCGAGGGCUUCAGCCCCGAGAUGAAGAAGGCGCUCGAGAGCGGCAGCCUGGAGCAGGUGAACAAGGUGCUGGGCAACAUGAAGGUGGACGAGGCGGAGGAUCUGGUGGGCAAGUUCAACGAGGCGGGUGUCCUGAGCCUCGAGCAGGAGAUCAUAGACGCCACGACGGACCAGGGCAAGGCGGAGUGGAAGUCGCUCCAGGACCAGGGCAAGGCGACCACGUCGGAGUCGCAGUAUGCGGAUGACCCCGAAUAG